AUGCCUAACGAAAGAGUUCACGAAUACUUCAAGAGAACACCUAAGGACUGGAGUAUUGUUGAUUUUUUAAACGAAUCCAUUGAAGAACCUUUCAAACAAAAGAUAGAUAGAUAUCUUAAAUCUCUCGAGACAAUUAUGGAUAGCGAACAAGGCAAAAGGGCUGAUAGAGCAAAGUUUCUCCACGAUAAUUAUAAGAAGGCAAGUAAAGACUUUUUUUUUGAAAUGUUGGAAUAUGUGGCAUGGCGAAGGAUCUGUUCGAUUACUGUUCGUCUAUCCAGCACUGGACCCACUGGGCACAGAUGGACUGUUCGUCCGGCUGAUGUUCCGGAACCUAGACCUGAUCGUACCAAAGCAAAAGAAUGGGAAGAGAAGCGUAUGAAGAAGCAGGUUCAUAUCCACCAACCAAAUCUAAACGCGGGGACUGUAAUAAAUGAAAUAAAUGGUGGAACAUUUGAAAGUGUAAACAACGAAGUAAAAUUUAUGUCAAAAAAGUCCGAUGAUGAUGAUGAUUUCCAACCUGUGCCUGCCGAAACUACAAAGAAUACGCCAUCAUCACUACCAAAAGCAGUACUAGAAGUAUCACCGGGAAGUGGAAAUUUUAUUCUUAAUGAUCAACGACCACAAACUUCCGAUCCGUCAGAUCUGUAUAUAGAAGUGGAGGAAAAUGCCGGAGAUCAUUUUGUAGAACGUAUAGAAGAUCAUAAACCAACGUCAAAACAUGUCGAUCGUGGAUCCUCCGGAGUGAAUGACUGGCAGGAGAUAACAGAAAGCUUCGAAAAGGAAGUUACUUUAAUCGAAUCAGAUAUACCGGAUGUUGUGACAUAUUUUUUCAAUGAAGUAGAGAAGAUAACAAAACAAGAAAACGAAAACAUUGUUAGGGAAAUCGAAAAUUUAUCUCCGGAAUUAAUUGAAAAGAAUAAUCAUGUUGAGCUAACAAAAGAGGAGAAAGAUAUUGUUGAUAACAUCAGACGUGCUAUAAUAACAUAUGGUGAAAUCGCCUGCUGGGCUUCUUCUCGACGCAGGAAUGAAGGGCGUUUGAUUGUCCUUCGCGCACGAAUAGGCCAGAAAUGUGAUUUUCGUGGUACGUUAAAAAACAGUGUUAAUAGUCUCGAAGCAAUUAUUGGGCUCAGAAGUGGGGGUCUACCGAUCGCCCAUCGCAAAAAGAUUUUUGAGGAUCGUAUUGAUCUUUCCGUGGCUAUGCGUGACGUUUUAUAUGAUUUUUUCAAGUCUAAUUCGCACGCACCUGGAGACGAUCUCCACCGCACGUAUGUUCUCGGGAUCCAAUCUUGGGGGUGGGUUCACGAAACGUACGGGAUGGACUGUAAGGCCACAAACGUAUUACGCCUUGGAAGACUUUCCCAGACCAGGUUGCCAAACACCCAAAAAUCGCUUGCAAUUCUUGAAGGCUUUUAUGCGAUCAUGUCAGAUGUCAAGGCCACGUUGAAGGCAAUUUGCGAUCAUACAAACAAUGUCUCACUUUCCAAUUCACGUGCACAUAGAGAUCGCAAGAGGAAAAAUUCAGCACAUGAUAAGCAACUUGGAUCAUUUGGCAUACCUUCAGCAAGCCCAAAGAAGAAAAAUAAAUUGCAAAUUGCGUGA